AUGGUCAGAGAUCCAGCCUACGUGGUGGUCAAAAGUCUGGCCUACGUGGUGGUCAAAGGUUCAAAUUACAAGAGGGUCCCAGUCGAGCCUAAGUGGUACUCCAGGAUUAGGCCUACACGUCAAGUAGGAAUUCGGAAGCCUUCAGGAUGCUUAAAUCAAACUACAUUUACUGUUGAUGGAUUUGAUAAGUGGAAGAAAGUUCGAAAUGGAAAAGCUUGUACUUUCCUAGGCCAUAUGAGAAAAGAUAAUGUAUCUUCACUCCAUUGUAAUGCUGAAAAGGCUCACAUACACGUGGUGUUGUUGCUUGCACUUCAAGGAAUUCCGUUUAGAGGUCAUGAUGAGAAAUCUAGUUCAUCUAAUAGUGGCAAUUUUCUUGAAUUUUUGGAUGUGCUGACCAUAUACAAUGAUGAACUUUCAAAGGCAAUUGCGAAAGCUCCAAAAAAUGUCAAGUAUAGAAGUCACGAUAUUCAGAAACAAAUACUUCAUGUGCUUUCAGUGAGAGUGAAAAAUACAAUUCGUGAAGAAAUUGGAGUUGCCAAGUAUUGCAUAAUUGUUGAUGAAGCCUGGGAUGAGUCAAAAAGAGAGCAAAUGUCUAUAGUAUUGAGGCUUGUUCAUGUAUCUGAUACUAUGGCUUUAACUUUAAAGGAUGCUAUAUAUUCUGCUUUGGCUCACUAUAAUUUGGAUUUACAAUUGGCUUUGGUUGCAGCAACAAAAAAUGUGACACCUAUUCAUCAAUUUUUUGAUAGAUUAACUUUUAUAGUUAAUAUCGUUGGUUCUUCAUGUAAGCGUAAUGAUGAAUUGAAGAAUGCUCAUGCAGAUGACAUUGCAUAUUUGAUUGCUAUUAAUGAACUUGAGACAGGGCGUGGAUUUAAUCAGAUAGGUACUUUACAACGAGCUAUUGAUACACGCUGGAGUUCUCAUUUGAGAUCAUUGAAAGACCUAAUUAAGAUGUUUAGUGCAUCGUGUACGGUCUCAAGAGUAUGGAUGAUCAGCUUCCUUCUUGUUGGAGACAAUCAAUCUGUAGCCGGAGAUUUUACGGAGCUGCCAGCAGGGGCUGGUUUUCUGACCACGGAGUGGUUAAGUGAGCAGAGUGUCAAAGCAGCAAAGUCCGCGCGGACUGAAGAGUUGUGGAUAUAUGUAAAAUCAGUUGAAAAGUUUUAUGCCAGGGAUUUUACAAGAGAUGGAAAAGAACAAUUGGAGAUGCAAUUGAAGCAUUACGAGUAUAACGUGGUCAAAGGGUCCAACUACAAAAAUCUUUCAACCAUUUCAGAAUUAUGUCAAUGGUUGGUAAAGACUAACAAGUCUAUUACAUACAACCUCAUUUUUAGAAUGAUCGUACUUGUGCUUACUCUUCCGGUUUCUAUGGCUACUUCAGAACGAUCAUUUUCUACGAUGAAUAUUGUGAAAUCAAGGCUUCGAAGCAAAAUGGAGGAUGCUUUUCUCUCAGAUGUGUUAAUGGUAUAUAUUGAGAGAGAAAUUGCUAGAAAUGUGAGCAUAGAAGCUAUCAUUGAAGACUUCGAAAAUUUAAAAGAACGUCGAAUUCCUUUUAGUUAG